AUGACCUCCGCUUCAUCAUCUCUGGGACUCCUGUCAGGAUACAACUCCUCCAGCUCAGAUGAAGAGGACGGAGCUAAAGAUGGCUCAAGGCCUUCUCCAUCCAAAUUGAACUUCUUUGCAGAUGCAGCCUCCAGCAGUGAAGAUGAAGGUGAUAGUAAAAGAGAAUCAGAGAAACCCUCAAAACCUCUUCCUUCUCCUCUACUCUCUUCUCGCCUCCCCACACCACGGCUUGGGAGUCGGAGCAAAGUGAGCCCCAGUGGGGUGUUUUCGAACCCCUUCCGGGAUGAGGAACGGGCCCAGCUGAGUAUCUUGGAACGUCAUGUCAAACUGAGCGAUAGCAACUGGGCAAAGGGUGGAAAAAGGGGUCUGUUUGGCUUACCAGAGAGAUGGCAGGUGCCGAUAUGGAACAAAAUGCAAAUACAGUCAUGGAACUGAUUUGCCACCAGGGGCUACAGUGUUGAGCCAGGGCGAACCUUCUGGCAGUGGAGGGGAUGCUCCAGAGAUGGUCAGAGACAGCUCAAAACUGGGGGAUGAACAGAGGGUAGAAGAAGUGAGGGAAGAAACACAAGCUGAGAGGGGGAAGAGGAAAAAGCCAGGACUUAGUAACACUCUCAUCCCUCCAAAGAAAUCACUGAAGACUUACCAAAAACAUCUGUCAUCUGAAAGACCCUGGGCGUUGUAA